GCAGGAGAGCUCAUGCUUCAAGCAUGCAGCUACUUGGAGUGUUGUGCUGUUUCUGUCUCGUAGUCCCAUACCGUGCUACAGAGAAUGAAAGCAGUUCACAAGGAAGCGGUGUCAUCAUAACCUCGGAACACGGGUUCAAGCCCGAGCAAAGGUCAGAAGAAGGCGGAUACGUGGGGAACGAGAUUGUGCCCCUUGGCCCUAUGGUCCAGUUACUUGUUAAAGCUGCAAGAAAUGGUUCCGAGCAGAGUACAAGCAGAACAGGGGCAUCAGAAUUGCCACGCCUGACGGGAGAGUCGGUAGUCGGCAACGACCAACCCGACGACGGAGACCCCCGGUUGAAGAGAUCCCCUCACAAACAUGGCAAAGGCUGUUUCUCGUGUGGGUAUGGAGGUGGUGGUGGUGGUGGCUACUAUGUCGAACCGGUUUAUGUGAAACCGAUUCGUAUUCAGCCAGUUUACGUCAAAACUGUUGAAUAUGUGCAGCCGGUUUAUCAGAAACCAGUUUACUCGCAUCCGCAUUACAGUUCGGGCUGCUCCAGCUGUGGGGGCGGCGGCGGCGGCAGCGGCUCAUACUCGUAUAGCCAGAGUUCGGCUGCUAGCUCCAGCUACAGCUAUGGUUACGGAAAAAAAAAUAAUAUGGACGGCUGCUGCAGUUGGGACUCCGGGCUUCAACAAUCUGAGGACUGCUUCCGCUCUUUGAUAUUUUAGCAAUUUGAUAUCAGUAAAGUGCAAAGGAAUAAUGGUUCCCUGAGCAAUAGAUAUACGUAAGAAACAUUUUUAAAACAAAUAAACUAAAUUGUUUUAAAAUUUGGGUCACAGAUCGGCACGAUAUACUGGACCCAAGAGAAUUGAGGUUUUUUUAUAAGAUUAUGAAAUUAAGGAUAAUUUCCGAGAUGCGAGAAGUGUCUGAAGUAGUCGCCAACAGCACACCAUUGUCACGAAACUUCAGACAUCUUAAAUUGGUUUUGUUGUUCUCCUUCUUAUUCUCCUCUUCCUUAGCCUCUUUGUCGUUCCCAUUCUUCUCUCAUGCAUCCUCCGCCUCUAGCCCGUAGUGCAUUCUUGUUGUAGAACGAAACAAUAUAACAUAGACGUAUGUGGGAAACUGUGUGAUUUCCUAUCCCGCAUAAUUGUGUGUUCAAAUUAUGAAGUCAGAAGCGCCAGUAGUGACGUUAGGUUAUAAAAGCGAAGUCAGUGUAUCGAAUACAAGACGGUUACUAUUAUAAAACUGCAAUGCAUACAUUCAUAUGAUAAUUAUGUUAGUAAUAUGUUAAAGAGGGAAUUUUACACCAGAUAUUGUAAAAUAAAGUUACAUAACUCCCUUGUAAACAAAUUAGGUUAAAGCUAUUAAGAAUUCUAUGCUUUUAUGAGACUCGAAAUUUAAAAACCGCCCUAAAAAUCCCUCCUUUGGACCCAUCCUAAAUUACCUCAAUACAGCACACAUUUUUAUAACAGAUUUUAAUUAGAUUUGUUGUGAUAUUAACACUUUGUUUAAGAUUAAAUUUCCAUAAAGUUCUUAAGCUUUUCUAA